AAUCCAACGGCGAGAAACGGUCCGAGCAUCUCACUUCACGCUCUGGUGUCAAAACGACAUCGUGUUGUUCGUUACGUUGCUUCCAUCACCGCCGUUGCCCUCAGAAAAAUGCUGCCCCCUGGAAGUAUAAAUCUCAACGCCCUCUGAAAAUUAAAUUAAUAAAAUAUAUCCAUGUCCGUUUGAGGGUAUCCAGCUCCAGCUACUUUGGCGCGCUAUGAAAACUGCGUGUAGAAUUGAUGGGGGGUAUUCGAAGAGAUCCAUUCUCAGUAUUUGAAGUAACGGCUCUGUCCAAUCGGUAAGAAAUAGACAGGCAUGACAGCUCUUGCUUCAGUCUCGGCAUCUGCAUGGAUCCCCGAGGACGACCUCUUGUUGAAGAACGCCGUCGAGGCGGGGGCUUCUUUGGAAGCACUUGCUAAAGGUGCAGUGCAAUUCUCUCGCAGAUUUACAGUCCAAGAACUAAAAAACCGAUGGCAUUCUCUCCUCUAUGAUCCUGAUAUUUCAGCUGAAGCUUCUGCAUGCAUGGUUCAGUUUGAACCUUCAGCAUCCAAUUAUUCGUUCAAAUCUAACAGAUCGGGUAAUUGUAAAGAAAAUGUAGAGGUUCUUGGAAAAAGAAAAGUUGAAAGCAUUCGUAGAAAGUAUCAUGCUAUGCGGAAGAGGAUUCACAAUGUGCCAAAUGCUGAUGGCUAUAUGUGCAAUGGAGGUGGUUGUGAAGAGCAUAUAGUUCUUGAUAAUGAGCCUCCUGUUGGCAGUUAUGCGCUGGGAGAUCGUGUCUUGAGCCAUUUUGGUCUUCAAGAUAAUGUACCCCAAGAUAUUCCUCAUAUUAUAGGAGAUAAUUUAGUUGACUUCGGGAAUUGCUCAGGCUUUGAGGACAGAGGGCUUCCAGAUAGAAACCUAUUCAAUAACAAUGAUUUUGAGAGAAAGCCCUUGUCUACUCUUGAUUCACUAAAUACAAAUUUAGGAAAUGUUGGCUCUGAAUUCGGAGGAGGACAGCAUUGUGAAUCACCUGUUUCAGAUGGUAGUGCUUCACUUCACCAAAUGGGGUUUCCAUCACCACUUCCUAGGGUGCCUCUGUGGAAAACAAUUGAGGACAUUUCAGCACCUGUGAUGCCAAUCAAUGUCAACCUGGGAGAUAGAACUGUAAGUGCAGAAGAGACAUUGACACUUGCUGCUGCUGCUGAUGGUAAUAAACCAUGCUCAUCAGGGUAUGCUGUCCAUUCACAGCCAACAUUGAAAGACACAUGCGUUGGAUUAAAUAACUCAACUGCUAUCACAGAUGGUGAGUUUGCAGAUCUUUCAGAUUCUCUCUUGAACUUCUCAGAUGAGAAUGAGCUUCUCUUUAUGGAGGCUGAUGGGAAAGACCCAAUGGAUAAGUCUUGUUUGGAUAAUCUUGACUCAGUUCUGUUGAGUUCUCCCAAUGAAGUUCAUGUUGAUGAUAUGGCCAAUAUUAGUGACCCUGAGACAUUGAUUUCAGGUACAUCGAUUGUAAUACAUGGCAGUGCAUGUCCUGCUGAAUUAGUUGUUAGCGCUGACCCGUUACAAUCCAGUCACAGCAAUCAGGAAGGUGUUCAUUCAGAGGUCACUAUGCCAUCAUCUACAUUAAUUUCAAAUCCUCAUUCUUCUGAACUGCAGGAAGGGGUUAUGUACUGCACAUUGAAUACUGAGGACAGUGAAAUCCCAUACAAUGAUGAUAAUUUCUUGCCUGCUACAUUUGCUUCCACAACACAGCCAAUUUUUGAAGAGGCUUGUGAGCCAGCAUUCUCCUCUGACAUCCAGAAGGACAGUGAACAAGCACCAAGCUUAAUGAAUAAAGAUAAAAAUCCUGCACCAUCUUUCAAGGCUCCCCAGAUGAUAGGAAAAGAUAGAAUGCCAGAAAUUGUUCCAGACCACCAAUUUAUUGGUUAUGGAAACAGAUCUGAAUUGUCUGGUGACAACUGUUUGGCUACAGCUUCCAGACAUUUUAACAGCAUUCCUGUAGUCCCAAGUCAUCAUAGUUCAGCACAUGCAACUCCAAACUCUGUCAUGGAUGGAGCUCCUGGGCGAGGGGUUCUAAAUGUCAAAUCAAGGGAAAAAGAAGCUCCAGGUACAUAUGGGGAGCAUUUAUUUUUACAUGCAGGAUCAGGUUCCACCAAAAUGAAUUUUCUGGAACCAAUAAACUCCUUAAUGUCUGAUCAAGAGGAAUCUGAAAGUGAUGAUGAUGUGCCCUACUUUUCUGACAUCGAAGCAAUGAUACUUGAGAUGGACUUGUGUCCAGAAGAUCAGGAUUCAUAUAUUGGUAGCAAAGUCUCAAGAUAUCAACAUGAGGAUGCUAGGAAGGUGAUCAUAAGGUUAGAACAGUGUGCUCAAUCUUCAAUGCAAAGAGCUAUUGCAUCUCAAUGUGCACUUGCCAUCUUCUAUGGCCGCCAUUUGAAGCAUUAUAUUAAAAAGGCUGAGGUAAUACUUGGUAGAGCAACAAAUGAGAUUGAUGUUGAUAUUGACUUGUCAAAGGAAGGGCGUGCUAAUAAAAUAUCUAGACGGCAGGCUAUCAUAAGGAUGCAAGGGGAUGGAUCUUUCUUAUUGAAGAAUCUUGGGAAGAAUGUAAUUUUAUUGAAUGGCCAAGAAGUUGCUACUGGACAGGUUGGGGGUCUUAGUUCAAGUAGUUUGAUAGAGAUAAGGGGAAUGAGAUUUGUGUUUGAAGUGAAUCAAAAAUCUGUGAGGCGGUAUCUGGCAAAUGUUGCCAAAAAAGGCCAAGUAAAGAGCACCAAUUUUGAAUGGUCCCCUAAUGGGGUUCCAUGACUCGAAGAAUUCUGUUGAAAGGUGCAUCUCCUCUCCUUUUCCAGUCCGUUUUCAUAAACUAAUUUUAGUUUCAGUUGAGUUUGCCCUUCUGAUGAGGAAUGUCAGUUUGCUGCCCAUCCAUAGAAUGUAUAGCCCUAUUAUGUUUUUAAUAUAUUGUCAAUCCUUCACCUAAAGAAAAAAGAAAUGAAUAGUUCAUCCUGUAGGUAUUGGUAGUGUUAAUUGAUAGCCCUUUUCUUCCUUUUCUUUACUAGGCUCAGGCCUAAUGGGCUUGUUUUGUAAAUUUUGGGUAUUCUCAUUUCUCUGCAAUUGAGGGCCGGAAAUCUGCAUUCAUAGUUCUA